AUGUCUUGUAAUGAUCCUUUGCCACACUCUACCACUGAAAAUGAAGAAAACGCAUAUUCCCAAUCAGAUGACGGAGAUCUAAGUUAUUCGUCAAGCACUGGGAGUGACACAAAUACAUCUGAAAGUUCCGAUGACGAUGCAGACAUGUCUUCUUCAGAAUUGUUAGAGGCGUGGAAUGAGACGAUGAAGAAAUUAAAAUUCAUGAUGGAACUUUAUACAAAACAGAAAGAAGAGAACGCCAAAUUAGUCACACACAUAACAGAAAUGUCAAGGAUCAUUAAAGAGAUGAAGACUGAACUAUCAUCACUUUUACUUUCCAAAGAGAAAGCCGUCAACGAUUUACUCUUUGAAAAGAACUCCCACGCGCAGACGUUAAAAAAACUCGAGAUGGUCGAGAAGAAUGAAAACAUGAAGCCAUUUUCUGGGACGCUUCGCUGUAAGUGCGACAUCACCAUAUCUAACAACGAAAUAGUCAAGUUCAAUAUGUUGAAAGAUGAGAACGAGCGAGUUAAUGAAAUGCAACAGAAGAAUGAGUACUUGAUGAAACACUGUCUUGAACUUUCAGAGAAAAAUGCGAUCUUCACACACAUGCAAACACAACUUGAGAAUGACUUGAAUACCACGAAAAAGGACUAUACAACACAAAUCGAAAAAUUGCAAGAAGAUAUUAGAGAGAAAGAUGUCAAAUCAUUUGGAGUGUUGGAGAACUUUAGGGUAGUCACCGAUUCGUUUUUGGGAAACGUACUGACCUUAUGGAAGAAAGACAGCACCCUCCAAACUUUAAAAAAUGACACAAAGACACUCACAGACUUCGCUAAGUUUGUCGGAAAGAUAUACAAAAUCGACGAGAAUGCUAUUGUCGCUGUUAUAUCGGAUCAAAAGAAAAAUGCCCGUAUUAGUAUACCGCCACAAUUCAGAAGGAAAAGCUCACACAAAUUAAUGAGACAAGAUACCCCCCUCAUCACUUCGAAACCACCGACGUGGCCACAAACAAACGGACAAAGUGAAAUUAAUAUCCAAUCAAAGGUACAGACAGAAGGACAUACUAAAGUUCAAAGAGAGAAGACUGCGGCGUUUGCAAAGAACGAUAAUAAAGAGAAACUUAAACAAGAACAAAUGGUUUUUGUCAAUGAUGAAAAAUCAAAAGAGUAUUCUAAAGAGUGUUGUAAAGAAGAAGAGAAGGGUGGAAAGGCACAAAUAACAUCACAAAAGACGGUGCCACUGAAAAAAUUGCCUAAAGAGAAAAAGAGAAAUGCAACGUUCAGAAAGUCAUCAGUUCAAAAGGAGAAGAAGGAGCUGAAAUCAAUUCAAAAAUUGUUGAGUAGGUCGACUAUCAGCUUGGAUAAGGUGUGA